GCCCAUACUAAAAAUAUAUACUCUUACAAAUAUUUAAGUAUUGUUUCUAAGUGUAACACUAAUUCCUUUUUGUUGCCAACAAUGUGGCAAUUUCAACUUACUUUCCUCUUCUUCCUAUUCCUUAUUCUAUAUCACUACUUGUUUGGUUACAAAAAUGGAUUCCCAACUAAUUGGCCUCUUUUAGGUAUGCUUCCUGCACUCCUAAAGAACGUUCAUAGAAUUCACGAAGCUGUUAUUGAUAUUUUAGAAUUAGAAAAUUUAACCUUUCUUUUUAAGGGCCCAUGGUUCACAAACAUGGACAUCCUAGCCACCGCGAAUCUGGCUAAUGUUCACCACAUAAUGAGCAAAAACUUUGCCAAUUAUCCCAAGGGCAACAAAUUAAAAGAUAUACUUGAUGUUCUCGGAGAUGGGAUUUUCAACACAGACUUUAUGGUGUGGGAAUAUCAUCGUAAAAUGGCUAAAUCUUUUCUUACACACCCUAAUUUCAAUCAAUUUUUGGUGAAUAAAACAUGGGAAAAGGUGGACAAUGGACUUAUCCCACUCCUUGACCAUGCUUCUAACUAUGCUAAAGAAAUGGACUUGCAAGAUUUAUUUGCAAGGUUUACUUUUGAUACUAUAUGCACCAUAAUCAUAGACCAUGAUCCCAUGUCUCUUUCAAGUAAUUUGCCUAGGGUUCCCUCUUCAAAAGCCUUGGAUGACAUUGAGGAGGUGUUUUUCUAUCGCCAUGUAGUCCCUACAUCCAUUUGGAAGUUCCAAAGAUGGUUAAAUAUAGGAGGAGAGAAAAAGUAUAAAAAAGCUUGUCAAAUCCUUGAUAGUUUCAUAUAUAAAUGCAUAAAUAUAAAAAAAGAACAAUUGGGUAAUGAGAAUCUCUCUAAGCAAAAGGAAGAUGAUAAGGUAAGUAUUGAUUUACUAACAUUAUAUGCACAAAAAAAUGAAAAUUACAAUGAUAAAUUUAUAAGAGAUACAAUUUUAAAUAUGUUUAUAGCAGGACGAGAUACGACAAGUACUACAUUAUCUUGGUUCUUUUACCUUUUUUUAAAAAACCCGAAAAUUGCUUCUAAGAUAAAAGAGGAAGUAGAUAGUGUAACAUUAAAUCGAAACAAUUUUAAAGAAGUGAGUCUAAAGUUAGUUUAUCUCCACGGUGCAUUAUGUGAAACAUUACGAUUAUAUCCACCAGUCGUGUUCCAAGCAAAGUCCCCGAUAAAACCAGAUAUCCUACCAAGUGGCCACCAUGUUAAUCCGAACAUGCAAAUUAUAUUUGACAUGUACGCAAUGGGAAGAAUGAAAUCAAUAUGGGGAGAUGAUUGUAAUGAGUUUAAACCCGAGAGAUGGAUAACAGAAAAAGGAAGGAUAAAGCAUGAGCCUUCAUACAAGUUUUUGGCAUUUAAUGCAGGACCACGGACAUGUCUGGGUAAAGAUAUGGCCUUCACCCAAAUGAAAAUUGUUGCAGCCACCAUCAUUCAAAACUAUGUCAUAGAAGCUGUGGAAGGACAUCAUGUUGUCCCCAAUCUUUCUAUUAUUCUUCACAUGAAAUUCGGAUUUAAGGUUAGAAUAUAUCGCUCAUAGUUAUUAUUUUCUUAAUUUUUAUUUCAUUUAAUGAUUUAAUGAGUGAUUGAUUUUAAUUUAUUGUAGGUAUGUUUUUUUGUUGUAAUAUUUAUAUUUCAACUAGCUAUGAUAAUGAGACAUUGUAACCAGGUGUAUUGUUGCUUGUAAAACUUGUUUUGAUUUUUUUCUUUUAAGAUACAAUUAUAAUCAUUAUAUUUAGUG